AUGCUCAUCUCCCAAGUUAUAAGUCAAGACCACCGUUAUCUAGACGAAUGCUACGACAAGCUGAAAGUAGCAUCUACAACGGAAGAUAAGGUCAAGUGGAGGAAUUUGUUGGUUUGGAAUCUUGCUCGACACGCCAUCAGUGAAGAGUUGACUGUGUAUCCUGCUUUGGAGCAACAUCUUGGUGACAGAGGGAAAGAGCUCACCAGGAUUGACCGCGCACAGCAUCAAGCGGUCAAGAACGAUCUUGCAAAACUCCAAUCCCUCUCCCCAACCGAGACACAGUUUCCCUCCCUCCUCGAACAACUGAUGGAUAACUUGCACCGACACAUAGAGCACGACAAGGAGACAGACAUGCCACUUCUUGAGAGCUCAAUCUCUAAAGCCGAGUCUGAGAGGCUAGCAUUGAGUUUCUUGCGCACGAAGAAACUCAUACCUACGAAAGCACAUCCUGAGUCGCCACGUAGCAGUCCAUUGACGGAAGGUUUAGCUGCUCUGUUAGCUGCGUCGAUUGACGAAUUGAGAACCCUGGUGGAGAGUUUCCCGGAGGAUGAGACUGAGAGUGCGGAGGUAGAUUGGAGUGAAUUGGUGUAGGAUAUGAGAAAAUUCCCUUUGUGAAAAAAUCUAUGGCUUCAGAUUGGAGCUGCUGUUCAGGCCAGGGGUGUCAUUGUUCAAGUAACCUAAGUAGGUUGACAUUGAUAUACAAGUAAAAGACUUGUGAACUUGCGGCUUUCUUGCUGGGAGCAUAGGAAUAACGAAAACCUCCCUGCUCAAACUCAAAUCUAAACAUGUACUGCUUAGUUUAGACAUGCCAAUGACACUUAGAGCUUCCGUUGGCUAGGUAUCGAUAGAGGCAAUCUACCAUAGUGAUGUAAUCCCCACGUUUUUGUCGGUAUG